AUGAGCAGUGCGCAAACCCGCGCGAGAGGGUCGUCGUCCGCAGCCCCCUCAGACAGGCUCACCCCGAAACUCGUCCCAGCAAUAGACGGACUUGUUAGCUUCUGUCAGAGUCCUCUACGGUCAAUCGACGAGGUUUCAGGAGCAACGGAACAUCUCCUGCUUAUACGCCAUACGCUUAUCGACGACCAUCACCCGCAAGAGGUGAAAGGCCUGUUCCGUCAACUCAAAGGAUUCGAGACCGUCUUGAAUCUCCUAGAAUAUUUGGCGGAGCUAUACAAACCAGAAAUAAUAAGUGACACGGACAGGAAACUGCUCCUCUCAACUGUCAAAGAUGCGCUAGGUAUAAUCGCGGAGAGUUUGAAGGAUGACCCUGGGAAUAAACGAUACUUUGUCAAACGAGACAAUGGAGCAGGCAUUGCGACGUUUGAACGGACUCUAGCUAGCCUAGCGGCCAAGCUGGGGAAUCCCCAUGAUGUGGAAAUCUUUUAUGGAGGUCUUUUGGCUGCAGGAUUGGGGCAGGAGACCAUGUCACAGUUUUUCACUACAGUUAGGAAAAGAGCUGAAAGCUCCGGGCCAAACCCCUUGCUUACACUCUCCGAGACCGUGAACGACACUCUAGGCAGCGGAGAGAUGGUGGAAAACGCGGAGUUUUUUGGACCUUUGCUGCGACUGUGGCUUGUGCAAAGCUCCAAGACAGAGAGCUAUCCCAUUCUUCGGCUAGCAGUCCCGCUAUGCCUUACUCGCCUUGCCUCGCUAUCGCGGCGGAACUGUCUUGCCCUCCAUUCCACAGGAAUUCUCUCCCCCUUGCUAACAAUCGUAACAGUCCCUGAAAGGCCAAAGGAUGAGUUAGGAGUAUACCUCAAGCUGGCAUCUAUACUAUGCCAACACGGAGUCAAUUCACUACAGGAUGCCAUCCAACUCUAUCAAAAGGCCCAGCAACUCUAUCAAAAGGCCCAGCAACUACCUGAGGUUUCCAGAUUUCUUUUAGAUGCUCUAAAGUCUUCCAAGAGCCCUCCGUGUGUUCAUUUCGAUCUGUCAUCCCAUGGAUACUGCUCAAUUGAACUGCCAACUUUAGGGAAACCGUUUCCGUCCAUUACUUCCAGUGGUUAUACUCUAACUGUGUGGGCACGAGUUGAUAAUUUUGAGCCAAACAGCCACACUACUCUCUUCGGCGCCUUUGAUGCAACUCAGACGUGCUUUGUCCUGGUCUAUCUUGAAAAGGACACUCACAACCUUAUUUUGCAGACCUCAAUCAAGGGCGCUAGACCCAGCGUCCGUUUCAAAGCCACAACGUUCUUACCGGGCCAGUGGUACCAUAUCUGUAUCGUGCAUAAACGACCUAAAACACUGUCUGCAUCACGUGCUCUGCUCUUUGUAAACGGUGAAUUUGCAGAGCAACUCAAAGCAGAUUACCCGGUUGUACCAAAGAAUCGUCCCACCCAGAAGGCACCGCGGAUACAGGCAUUCUUAGGGACUCCUCAGGAUCUUGCCGUUCGGGUUGGAAAGGGGGUAUCCUUCUCGAAAUGGUCGCUUGCAUCUGCAAUCCUGUUUGAUGAAGCCUUUAACGAUGACCUCAUUGCCGUCCUAUGCCAUCUUGGACCCAGAUAUUAUGGUAACUUCCAGGACUGUCUAGGCUCUUUUCAGACGUAUCGGGCCUCAGCAACGUUAAAUUUACGCAAUGAGAACCUCCACCCAGGAAAGGAGGAAAAGUCAGAUAUUGUUUCUGUGAUUAGACAAAAAGGUAGUAUUCUCAUUCCGGAAAGCUCUGUUCUCCUCAAUAUAUCGCCUACCUCGGUCCUAGAUGACGAUGAUACCAAUAAUAUUGAUGAAUCACAACUGGUGAAAUCACUUUCGAAGAACGCAGGCAAGACCUUAACCCAGCUUACCAAGAUAAAAGGUAACUCGGUGGUUGUAAAUGGGGCCGUUCCUGCAAUUAACGAUGCCUUGACACAACCCCAUGGUGUUGCAAUACUUACUGGCGAUCCUGUUGUCAUAGUUCCACAGUCUUUGGAUGAUGCCAGCUGGAGGAUUGGUGGCUGUGCAGGUGUUCACCUCAGCCUAGUUGAAUCUGCUACAAGCCGGGAGUCCCUACGUCUUGCUCUGGAACUACUAUUUGAAGCAGUACAAGAUAACUGGAGAAAUAGCGAGGCCAUGGAAAAAGAGAACGGCUAUGGUAUACUUGCUCUACUCUUACGGGAAAAACUUGGCUUUGCCUCUCCUGUCCAGAAUGGCCCCCUGAAGACCACUGCAGUUUGUAGCACCAUGCAGGAACGAAAUGAGGCUGCAAUGGAGCUUCUAAUACCCGUGUUAAAAUUUGUGGGUUACGACUUUGAGAGUCCAAAGAAAUCUCUCAUAAUCAACCCACUGGCCUACCGGAUUCUUCUCAUAGACCUGGAUAUAUGGAGGCAAGGGGAUAUGCCAUUACUGGAAAUAUACUAUUCUCAGUUUCAAACCUUCUGUGUGGAAAGCCAUUACCAUCGGUUUAACUCAAAGCGGCUGUCGAGAAUGCGUGUGAUUAAAAGGCUUAUAGAAGCGCUUAAGGCUGAAACCUUCACAGCAACAACCUUGAAGCUAUUUGUCCCUGCUUUUAAGAGUCUGGUGGGCUCAUGCAUGACUGCUGAAGUACUUCGCUCUGUAUCACUCUUUAUCACGUUCUCGAUCCACACAGUAAAGCAGCCUGUGAGCAAAUUAAACAAAAAUAAGAACAUCCGCCUGGAUCUGCGAUUCCGGCGCCCAGGCCUCUCACAACCAGACCACAUUUCAAGCUGUCUUUCAAAAGAACAGAUAGGGGUAGAAAUCCUGCGUGUGUUUACCGAUGUCUUCUGUAAUAGUGAGGAUACAGUUAGUAUCCAAAAAUUUGCUAGGACAGUCACAAACAAGUGGCUUCUAUACCUUCUUUCAGAAGACAAGCCAGAAGUUGUGAUACUGGUCACAAGAAUUCUCUCCCGCCUAUUCAUUGUUCAUGGAACCGCCUACACCAAAAAGUUUGCAGAGAAGACUGGCGGCUUUGUGAUUAUGCGACAGCGUCUAAAGCGAUGGUGGAACUUGGCUCCCCUGUGGCCGCUGUGUUUCUCGAUACUCUUUGGCAUAGAUCCGGGGCAUAUAAGUUUAGACAGAAACGCUGAUAGUACGGAUCUUCGGCGUUUGUUUUCCUCUCCUGAAAAUCUCAAAGUCUCGUUCCCAGAGGUACUGCCUGUGCUCACAGGCAUGCUUCAGCUUGGGUUGAAAGCGACAGUGGUGCCGAGGGGGGCUUCUCCUUCUGUCCAUACAGAUGACGAGGACAGUGUAUACUUGGUGCGCCCAAGGGCAAACUCCGCGAGUAGCUCUUUACGAUCAGAUACUACUAUUGCGGGUAAUGUACCCACAGAUAAUGAGCUCCUAAAAACGGUCGUUGGUUUCCUCGCUCAUAUCCACGAAAAGUCCCAAAAUUUUCGGGAUUUUGCGGGAACGUCCAAUUAUAUUGAUGAACUUCUCCGAGCUUUAUACCCAGUGGUGGUUGGCUCCGACAUAGUUAACGCAGGCUUCGAACUAGAGUCCAACUCGCAGGGACUCAGAUUUGGCGGGGAUACUGUAACCAUUCAGCCUCUUCCAGGUGCACGACCUAUAGUACGUACCAGCACGGUGAAGGAUAUGGAUAUGCGGGAUAGCAACGAUCAACUUCGCCGUACAUCAUCCUUUAUCCUAGUCUCCUCAGAUAAAUCCAAAUACUCCCCUUCAUCUGCGCGCUUGCAGCAAAUUGUCGCACCUAUGUCCGAUGCUGCAAGCCCUCGUCCGGCCAACCCUAUCGCGAAUGACAUCCUUGAGAUUCUCCUGGCCAUUUACACAGAUCAACUGUUCGGGCGUAAGGAGUUUCCAGGAUUGCUUUUAUUCGUCAGAAUUCCUCCAGGGUUCGUGGAACACCAAAUCUAUUUUGAAUCUUGGCUCCUCAGGAAUCUACUUGCACAUGUGGAAAACAAGAUUUCGAAAGACCAUAAAGUACUGGUUGAGCCUCGCGUGCUAAACAAUCUGUCCCGGCUGCUUUCACAGGUGGCUGAAGCUGUUUACGGCGGAUGGUUCAUUGACGGUGCAAUGGCAACAUUGAACUUUAUUGGGCCUAUUCUUGAGUACUUGCAGGAGCCUGAGGUUGCGUCGCUGAAGAGUGUCAGACUUUGUAGCCAAACGAUUUCAAGCAUUCGUUCAACAGUCUUCCGGACUGUCCUCCUACGAUUGUCCGCAGCUGAAGGCCAAAAUGCAUUUUCGUUUUUACAGCGGCUCGCUUACUGGCAAACGGUCCUCUUGUCUCACGAGGAGACUCCAAACGACCAACUCCAACUAAUAUAUUAUUUACUCUACUCUAAAAUUGUGACAGAAAAGGAGGACGUGCGUGUGGCAGCAGCUGGGCUGUGGAGAAUCACCCUCGUUCAGAAACCGUCUGAAACGUCUGCCAUUCUCAGCCAGGCUACCCCGUCGCUCCAUCGGCGCCUAUCCUUAGGCUUCCAAAAACUUAUGGGGAUGGAUGAUGACAGUUUUCUCCAUUGGAUCGAUGAUCAACGUGAUGACCUGGAUUGUUUCUUCUUUGGUGCUCUAUGCAAGGGCUGGGAAAGUUUUGUUCGUGAUGAAAACAGCAAGACCCAGGAAACUGCACGUUUACGAGCAUCCAAAAGAAAGGAGAAGCUAAGACAGUGGACCCAGACCGAGUCAGCGAACGAGGAAAUCCUCCGUAAACACGAUAUUACAUUUGGACACUGGACGGCAAACAUAUCUGUUUCGGAGGGCUUAAAGCAUCAGCGAGCUAUCCAAGACCAGCAGGAUGAUUUUAACUUCAUGGCCUCCGCGUUCUCUCGCAUAUAUUCAAACUUGAGGCGUGAAAAUGGCUUCCUUGCUACCAAAACGAAGCAUAAAUGGCGUUUAGAUCAGACAGAAGGACGCAGUAGAAUGCGGCUACGAGUUACUCCAGACGAUACCACUGGGAAACAAGACUAUCAGCCGAAGAGAAGAGCCACUAAUGAAACGCCUGAUGUCAAGUUGGAUGUUCGAGUCCGUUCUGUUUCUGAUAGCGACGUUGUCGCUCUCUCGCCCGCCACUAUGGUUGCUGACACCGUUGAUACGGAGUCUCUUGAUAACGAGUCCGAAGGCAAAUCUGCCACUGAAGAUAGCUUCGAACUGAUUGAUGAGCCAACAGGCAACGACCCUUAUGAAGAUAAAAAUCGCAAAGUCAUGAAAAAUCUCCAGCGCGGCGAUCAGGUUCAAUACGUGUGUAACAUCUCUCGUAUAAUUGGGCUUGAAGCAUGUGAAGGCCUUCUGAUCCUUGGAAAAAUCAGUCUCUAUAUAAUGGAUAACUUCUUCCAGCGUUCAGACUGCGAGAUAGUGCAUGUAUCACAAGCGCUCCCUGAGGAACGGGAUCCUUAUGUACGCGUGAUUUCUGGCCGGGAAUCUGAUGAUCGCAAGCAGGACAAUGGAGGCCAUCGAUCCAGGAGCUGGAUUUGGGCGGAUGUGAUCAGCGUCUCGAAGCGCCAAUUCCUCUUCCGUGACGUGGCAUUGGAGAUAUUCUUCUCUGAUGGGCGUAGUUAUCUACUCACACUAAUUUCUGCCAAGUUACGCAACGAGUUAUAUAACGAGCUUACUUCUCGAGCGCCCCAGAUUCAUGGAAACAGCAACCUGCCCGAGGACUCCUGGCGUUUUGAAACUCUGCGCAGUGAAGGGAAUAGCUCACAAUUCUUUGGAUCGAAAUUUGUCAACGUGUUUAGCCAACUGCCUUCUCAUCCGGCGACACGGAAAUGGUUGAAGGGGGAGAUGUCAAACUUCCAUUAUCUAAUGCUAGUCAAUACACUGGCAGGUCGAACCUUCAAUGAUUUGACCCAAUAUCCAGUAUUCCCCUGGAUUCUCGCCGACUACACUAGCGAGGAGUUGGAUCUCACAAACCCAAGAACAUUCCGGGACCUUUCGAAACCAAUGGGAUGUCAAACUAUGGCCCGGGAAGCUGAUUUCAGAAGUAGAUAUCAGUCCUUUGCAGAAAUGGGCGAUGAGAACGCCCCUCCGUUUCAUUAUGGGACGCACUACUCCUCCGCCAUGAUCGUAUGCUCAUACCUAAUACGACUUCAGCCAUUCGUGAAAUCAUAUCUCCUACUGCAGGGCGGGGCGUUUGACCAUGCCGAUCGUCUAUUUUUCUCGAUCCCAGACGCAUGGAAUUCAGCGUCCCGAGUAAAUAUGACCGAUGUCAGAGAACUAAUUCCUGAGUUUUUCUACUUGCCAGAAUUCCUAUCCAAUUCAAACAACUAUGAUUUUGGAGUACGACAAAGCACAGGUCAAUCCAUUGAUUCUGUGGAACUUCCUCCCUGGGCGAAAGGAGACCCUAGGAUAUUUAUAGCCAAACAUCGUGAAGCACUCGAGAGCCCGUUUGUUACCCGGAAUCUACAUCAGUGGAUUGAUUUAGUAUUUGGUGCUAAACAACGAGGUGAAGCAGCUCUUGAAUCCGUCAACGUGUUCCACCAUUUGUCAUACCGCGGUGCCAAAGAUCUUGACAGCAUUGAAGAUCCAAUGGAGAGACUAGCAACGAUAGGCAUUAUACAUAACUUUGGACAAACCCCUCACCAGGUGUUCCAUAAACACCAUCCAGCGCGGGAAGAGGCGCAACACAAACCUGGCCGCCUAGACACUGCCGCAGAGUCUUUAACCCGUCUACCAUUUACUUUACUUGAUAUUCAAGAGCGGGUGGCGUCGUUGUCAUUCUCUGUUAAACAGGACAGACUACUCUGUGCAGCGGCAUUUCGCCUUAACAUUCCUCCAGUAUAUGAUAAAUAUAUGGAAUGGGGAUUCUCGGAUGGUAGCGUCCGAUUUUAUGCUGCUGAUUCAAGAAAGUUAAUCGGUCAUUUCGAACAUGUCCAUAUCGGACAACUAUCCUGUGCUAUAUUUGCUGAUUCCCAGACAUUGAUCACCUCUGGCACUGAUUGUACGAUAGCUGUCUGGUCCUUUACGUCAACAUCUCGAUCCGUCGACCUCCUCCCUAAAGCGUCACUUUUUGGGCAUCGAUCGCCUGUCACGAUCCUGGCUGUGUCAAGAUCGUUUAGCACCAUUCUAUCAGCGUCGAAGGACGGUAAGGUCAUGUUAUGGGACCUUAACAGACUCGAGUUUAUCAGGGAGCUACCAUCCGGCCCAACAGUUAAUUGUGCUCGGAUAAAUGACGCAACAGGGAAUAUUGCAGUAUGUCGCGGCAACCUAGUGAGCCUUUAUACUCUUAACGGCACCCUGCUUCUUGAAAGAGCGGUCUGUGAGCAGGCGGACGACAAUGUACUGUCAUGUGCCUUCUACGAAGGCGUCGGCAACGAAUGGCUAGAGCUCGAACUAUUCUUCACUGGUCAUCGUAAGGGCCUCGUAAACAUAUGGAGCAAAUGUAUCCGAGACGGCGUAUUCGAACUCGAUCUUAUUCGCCAGUUACAUCAUGUUAACACCUCUCGUGGCGAUGGAGCAGCAGCUCUCGCAGGGAUCACCUGUAUCCUACCGCUAUCGCAUGUUGUGUAUACAGGCGACGAAUCAGGACAGGUUUAUGAGUGGAAUUGUGUGCAGCGCCAUUAG